AUGUUCGACGAAACCGAGCUGGAUCUGAGUUUGAAUGGUGAUGGGAAGUAUGACAGAACAGGAUUUCAUUCGAGUAGCUUUUGCACCUUGGCUGACUUUCCAUGUCUGCUGGUGACGUGCGACCAGGCCUCAGCAAAUAUCAAGAACGGGAACGUGGUUGAGCGAAUUACAAAGCUUUUGGGCAUUCUGCCAGGUUCCUACUGUGUAGCAAAGUGCACCAGUAAAGGCAAAGUGUUCAAGGAUCUGAGGGAAGCUGUCAAGCAACAGAUUGACAAGGAUUUGGUCGUCAUGUCAGAAGAGCCUCCAGGUUUGCAGGCCGAAUGGUCCAGCGCACGCAAGCAAGCAACCACCUUCUUAGAACUUAUGCUGCAAGGAUUGGGCGAUGCCAAACCUGAAGAACGUUCCGGAGUUUCGCAGCGGAUCAAGAAGUUCGUGGACUUCUUCCGCGGCCCCUGGCAGCAUGUGGUCGUCAUCACGGACCACCUCGCAUGUGACACCUACGGUGGAGUCGAGGCGAUCAAGUGGGCACGGAACAGCUACAACGACAGGCAUCCUGCCCAUGUCAUCUUGGACCUGACGAAUGAGUUCGGUUCCAAGUUGUGGCUCGGCGGAUCGAAGGCAGGCACCGACACUAACCUGAUGAUCAGGAAUGGAAUCGGAGCGGUGUGGCCUGCGGCCAAGUCGGUCCAGCCGGAUGACACAGCGGCGAUCCGUGUAUUGAGGUACACAGAUGGGACUGGCGUCGUGCACGGCAACGUGAACAUGGAGAGCGUGCUGCAGCAGAUCGACAAUGUGAUCUCCUUGCUGCACCGCGGCGUGUCGGUCCUCAUCUGCUGUGUCAACGGAGCCCAUCGCUCCGCGACACUUGGUGCCAUGACGCUCAUGAACUAUGUCUCCACAUUGCGCAACAUCGUCGACCUGAACAGCAGAGCGCCGCCAUCGCAGUACAGAGUGAACACUAUUCGCCCCAUCGACUUUUUGAUCGAGCACCAAGCAGAGAUCGCUGGUAAAUCGGGGGCCUCAGGCCUGGUCCAGGUCGGCAGCAACCAGGAGAUAUUUCCUUCCACGAGAUAUGCGAACGCCCUCAUCACCCCUGUUCAGUUUCGUCGGCGCUGCAUAGAAAUGGGGUUCGUCCUUUCAGGCAAGGGCAAGCGGACUCGCCAGUCGUUGCCAGGGCCACAGUCAUUGAUAUCGUCGAUGCCGCCGCCGCCCCCGCCCGGUCGCUCAAGCUCGACCCACCUUCGGUCCAAAGCUCGACCAGUCAAGCCGAGAUCGAAGGGCGUUUCGCCAGGUCAGGUGCGGCAGAGUGGCACAGACACGGACUCCUCGUACAUCAACGUUCCGACGGAUGGUUUCAUUACCGACGACUCAGAGAUGCCGCACCCCAAGCGCAUCAGCGAGGAUUCGUCGGCCUCUGGCCAGGUCAGUGCCGCCAGUGCAGAUGAUGAGGCAGUGGACCCACCAGUUAUGGUUGAAAUUGAGGUUGCAGACGACGAAGAGAACGAGGAGUCCACCAUGGAGAAGGCCUGCGAAAAGGGUGCAGCCGAAGCAGAGGAGCCGGAGUCAGACUUUGAGAUGGUGACCUGCGAUGACGAAGGCAAAGUAGCCGAUGUCAAUCCAGAGUCGCCUCCGCAGACGCCCCGUGCAAACUGGACUUCGGAAGACUUUGCACGCCUGGAGACAGUGAUGCGCGAUCUGGGGCACCUGAACCGCCAGCUGCUCUCUUUCAACAAUGCUGAGGUCGAGGAGGAUCAGGCCCAGGCUGAUGAUCAGGCCUCGGCCUCCGGCCCGGUAAGUGACCAGAUCGCAGAGCCAGGGCAGCAAGCGGCGGAAGCGGAUGAGCCAGGCGGCACCAGCGCAGACCCCGUGGAAUCGGACGAGGGGGCCCGGGACGAGGCCUUGGGCCAGGUUGAUGAUGAGCCUGCGACUCCUGCGACGGCCGAGUCCGGAGAGCCGCUGGAGCCCUCCAGUUUGGACCUCGAGAAGACGAUGGAAGCGCUCAAGGCGCAGGCGGCGGAAGGCGAUAAGGACGAGAUGCUUGGGAGGCUUUUUGGGCUACUUGAGACCCAGAAAGUCCAACAGCAGGCUCUAUUGUCGAGACUGCAAUCUCGCCAAGAAAUGGACGAGAGAAAGAACGUCAUCCUCACAGCGCUGUACAAUCGCGACAUGACGCGCCUCAGGGCGGAGCUCCAAGCGCUGACGGUCUCUGACCUCGUCUCAAUCAGAGACGAAGAGGGGAUGACAGUCGCCCAUCAUGCCGUGCGUUUGGGCCUUGGGCCUUGUCUGGAGUAUACUCUCCGGAAAGCCCCGACUCUUGCGGAUGCCGUGACGAACCCCUCAGGUCGCCCAGCGAACUGGACGCCGUUGAUGGUGUUGGUUGAUGCACCACCAGGAUCUUUGGGAGGCACGGACUACGCCUACGACAUGUUGAAGGUCCUGGUUUCCUACAUGAGCGUCACAGGUCUCGUGACCAGGUCUCCAACAGGGGCGACAGCGUUUCACAUUGCAGCCUCUCGUGGGAACCACCGUGGGCUGCAGAAGCUUUUGUGGUCCCUCUACCACAAGAGUGGUGGUGACAGGAACUCAACCUACGCAUUUGGCCUGGUGACCUCACUCGUCAACAGCCCCGGCUUGAAGCGCGGGCAGGGGGUCGUCGACGCCGCACUCGCGAACAAUGUCGACUUGGCGAUGUAUGUGAAGCGGAAUUGGGGACGGCCAGUUCACGUAUGUGGAGGAGCUGAUUGCUGCAAGGACCGAGCCGACCCUGUUUGCAAAGCCUUCGGCUUGGUGGAAGAGGUUUUGCUCAAACCCGUUUUGGUGCCAGCUUUGAACAAAUGGACGAAGGUUGCACCUUGCAUGCGGCACAUUUCUGUGAUGCAGAAUUUUUGCAACCUUGUUCCCCAAGCCUUCGAGGCCGCCUUCGGCACAUCGAAAAUGGUGCCUGAAGCGCCAGACGACGAAGAAGAAGGUGCAGAUGUUGGAGCCCCGCUUAACGAAUCAAAGCUGUGGGCCCGAUUGGCCAGGUUACGGUUGGUGAAGGCUGGGGUUUUUUUACAGGACAAGUCUUUCCAUUGGUCGACAGUCCUGUGGACCGUGUUGACUGCGCCAGUCAUGAACAUUCAUUAUGCAUUGUUUAAGCACGCCACAUGGUUGUCAGAUCGUGAUCUAGAAGCACCGGAAAUGCAGGAGGAGGGGGAUUUGGAGUUGGAUAGGUCUUUGACCGCGUCUUGCUUUUGCAAGGCAGCUGAAAAUCCCGCCAAGAAGGCGAUGGCGUGCCUUUCAAAGAUGCUUGAUGACGUCGCCAGCGACGAGUGGGGUCCCGCCGUCCUGUGCUUUGGCCCGAUUCUGUCGUGGCCUCAGGCCAGGUUGCGAGUGCUUCGGCGAGGAUUUUUCACUGUGGUGGGUCAACUCUGGAGGAAGCUGCUUUAUCCUUGGACGCAAUACCCAUGGAAGCUAGCAUGUCUGAUCGACAGCGAAACGACCAAUGCAGAGAAGCAGCGUUGUGCUCAGGAUUUGUUUGAUCAGCCUGUGUGUUGUUUGGAUGGAUUUGCUAGGAAGCUGCGCGAGGUGCGAAAGUCUUCAAACAGUUUGAUGGAGGAUGAUGUGUUGGAGUUCUUGCAAGCAGUGUUUGAACGGAUCGUUCCCACUUCCACGUAUAUUGAAAGAAUGUUUGCAAGACUGACAGAAUGGAGUGGACCAACGAAUCAGAGAGGGCCGAAGAGAAGAUUGUCAGCAGUCGUAUCCAAGCACUGCGCGCACACGUUCGAGCACCAUGUCAAGAGGUGGCGGAAGAUGACUUUGAGGCAAAAGCGCAAACGUCUCCACAACCGAAGGCCUGCAUGGGCGCAAGGUAGGCUGAAGGGCAAGGCGCGAAAUGGUUGGCAUGCUUUUGCGCAGGACUUGUUUCGUCGGCAUCCUGGGCUUUUGCAAGCGUCUCGAGGUGACCGCAAUGCAAGAGUGGCCGCUGAAUGGGCCCAAGCCGACAAAAAGCGCUGGGCCGCUGUCGCACGCUCUCAGAACCUCCAGGCCAGUAGUGCAGUGGAUCAGGAAGCGAGUGCAGAGGAUGCCCAGGCCGCCGCCGAUUUUGUUGGAGGUCCUUGGAAUAUUGGUGCCGCAGACGGGUUCCCUCUAGCGCGGCACAGUAUCGCUGCUGAUUGCAACAAGGUCAAAGCAAUCGCAAAUGCUUUUCAUGCACAGCACAAUGUCCUGCAGCCGGAAGAGGCCAACAGCUUGUUGGGAGCUCCGCCUGAACCGUGGCCUCUGUUCCCCACAUGCACAAUCAACGGCUGUGAGCAUUCACUGCCAGAAAAGAAGCAAGAAUGCAUGCAGCAUCUGCGUGCGCUGUUCUGGCGCGCCGUGCUGCAAAAAGCCCCCACAGCCAAAUCCACAGGGAAAGAGCCGUUGCUUCUCUCCUUUCAUUCCGCCACACUAGAUGCAACUCUAAGCCUGGCUGUUGCUUUUCACACUCUCCGCGCCCCGCACCAGGCGGCAGUGCUUCUUCUCCACCCUGUAGAAAUGGCUGAUCUUGCAGGAGAGGGUGUUGUUGUGAGCCUGCAUUGUUUUUCGCAGAGUGGUCGAAGAGAGCUUCAGCUUGAAAGCGAGAGUGUGGCUUUGGCAAGGCUUGCCCGGCAAGCGUCCGACUGGAAAUUGAACGUGCUAGACGUGGGGCCUGUGCGUCACAUCAACAGGUUCGACAUUACAGCAUCCCAUCCUUUCGAUGACAAAGAUGGCGGCGAUGCGGGUUUGCCAGUGCAGGUUGAUGCUGACACUGAGGCUGCGCUUGUUGCAUUCGAUGCAUUGCACCCAUCUGCUCAAAAGAAGGGCCCCAAGAGGCAGUUCCAGGCCUCAGGCCAGGUUGGGCACGCAAAGCCUUCAGGCCUCAAGACCGAGCCAGAAGCGAAGAAAAAGCUUACCAAAGAGCAGAAAGCGAAGCGUGCACAGAUUCGGGCCGAAAAAGCGCUGCAAGGUAUAAUUCCUAUGCCCUCGGAUUCAGAAUCCGACGCUGCCGGUGAUGGCAAUGGCAAUAAUGUCCAAAAUGCAGAUGAAAAAAAUGAAGAAAACAUUAAUGCAGAAUCCGAGCUUGAAGACUUGGAGGCUCCCAAAGUUUUGGUUCCAGAGGAGGAACUCACGCAGUACGAGCAACCAGCUUCAAGUAGCUCAGUCGUGCCCAAACAGCGGCAACUUCAGACACGUUCGAUGAUGAAGCGGGGGCAGCCAUGGGGAAUCUUUUCCCUUUCUCCAAUCUACCGUGAUGGGGUUCAUGUUGCUUGGGAGGCACUGUGUCGCUGCCACAACAACCUCGGGGAUAAGCUGGGCUCGUCCUGCAAAAAGUCCGUCUCCAUAGCGAACAUGACAGACGCAGAAGCAAAACUGCGACUGAAACGUUGGCUGGUUGCAGGCUUGGACGACUCGGAGUGGCGCGACAAUGAAAAGCGCAGCUGCCACCUGUCUCUGGGCGGGCCCUUGCUUGCACAUUUUGCCGAAGGUUUGUCUGAAGCUGAGCUUGAUGUCAAGCAAGCGUAUCCUGUGACACACACGCACACACACACACACAUGCAUCAAAUGCCAGGACAGAAGUACAAGGGAGUGUGGCGCUCCAUAGGCAAAGAGGGUGUGUUCGACUUCACUGAGUACGAGGACGUCGGGCUCUCUGAGCAGGUCGAAGAGCACGGCUUUGACCACGAAGCCUUUGGCGAGAAGGCUUUCGAAAGCAAAACGGAGGCGCUGCAUAUUGCUAUGCAGGCCCAGACGCGAGCCAGAGAUGCUUCCGCUGUCAAGGGAUCCGAGGCAAGCAUCGAGAGCAUGAUGGCUCUGGUGCAGCAAUUGCAAAUUGGCUCGUCUUCUUCUUCGGCUUCCAAGGACAAGCCUUCGGCAACAACAGGCACCGGUUCCACUUUGCCAGUGAAAGCCGACGACGACGGCAGCAGCAGUGACUCCAGCUCAGAAGAGGAGGCCCAGACAGGGCCUUCGGCCGGGUUGGCGAUGCUCGCCCCAGCAGCCAAGAAGGCAAAAGCAGCAGCGGCAGCGUCCAACAAAGGCGGUGCCAACACCAAGUCUACGGUGACGCCUGCGCCUGCGGCUGCCAAAGUCAAGGCAAAGGAAGGCUUCAGCACGGGUGGAAAGCCAGCCAAGCCGACGCCGUCGGCAAAGGUUGCGCAGCCCAAAGGAAAGACCAAACUCUCUGCGCCUUCGGUUGCGGGUGCGGCUCCUUCAAGCGAUCCCGACAAAAGCUCUACCGUAGGCAUUCUUCAGCUUGAUGGGCGUGCAAAUCGCACACUGAGCCUCAACAGCAAGUAUCGGGGUUUGAUCUCUAGACAGGCCCAGACAAUUAUGUUUGGGGAUUAG